UAGCAGACAGGCACACCGUAAUAACUCCACCACUCCAGCUCGUCGGCUUCAUUCCUCUCCCUGGUACGCUGUAGCAUCCUCCUUUUUGCAUAACAGGACGAACGAGCAUUUGCGGUGCUGCGUCGGAGCUUUCAUGGCCGCGACACUCACGAUGAGCGGCGGCGGGCAGGAGGAUCCCUUCUAUCCGCUGCAGAAGGCGACUCUCUCCGCUGGAUUCUCUCUGGAGGACUCGGCGUUGUUCGGCUUGGACUGCAAGAUCACAGACACAGACAAGGCUGGACAAAACGACUACACACAGGCAAAAUGUGAAAUGGACAGGUAUCUCUCCCCUCAGCCUCUUUCCCUUCCACCUCCUGCCGACAGCCAGCAGAAGUCACACAGAGACAGCGCAUCUGCGGUGGAUCAGUUCUUCACUGACGAUCACACUGGGGCUCCCUACACGCUCAACAUGAAUCUUUACCUCCCUGACGUCGCCUACCUGAGGAUGGGCUUGUGUCAGCAGGUGCGGCCCCCACAGCACCAGAACCACACAGGUCUCACCCAAAUCAAAACAGAAUCUGCCUCCCCGUGUUUCUCCCCCAACCUACAGCCGCACUGCCCUAACACUACGCCCACAAGUAGCUGCAGCACAUCUGGGCAUGGGCCCGGCGGUAUUGCUAUGGAAACCUCAGCCAUAAACAUGUCGUUAACAGGGUUACCGGACUUCACCAGUGUUUUCAACCAGUCGGGAGGCAGCCAAGGUGGCGAUUCAGUGCCAGAGGUGUUUGUCAAACAGGAAAUGCCGUCACAGUUUGAACAGCAUGCUCUCCACCACCAUGACAGCAGCGGCUCGCUGUUUCAGCUCCUAAACUCUGGCUUGGACCAUCACCAUGGUAAUGGUAUGGAGGCUCAGCAUCAGCGUCAUCAUCAUCAUCAGCAUCAGCAGCAGAUACAACACACUUCCACUUCCACAAUCCACACGGCUUUCCAUGAUUUGCCGGUAGCUUCUUCUGCAUCUCAACAGGAGCAGACAGCUAAGCCUGUUUACUGUGGCCUGGGUGGGGGGGCGUACACACAUCCUCAUGCUCAGGCACACGCCCAUUUCCUCCAGCAGCAGGUGCCGUACCUGCCGCCCUCACCGCCGAGCUCGGAGCCCGGGAGCCCUGACAGGCAGAAGGAGCUGCUCCACACCAUGUCCCCUCCUCCCUCAUAUGCAGCCACCAUCGCCUCCAAGUUGGCAGGUAGCACCCCUGGACACAGACCUGGCCCGGGACCAGGCAGCUUAGCCCUGCCCCUCAAUACAGGUCCCACGGCGGUCCCAGGCCAAGCCGGAGUCCUUCCCCAAGCCCCUGCAACGAGCCCAGCCCCAACCCCAGCUCAGACCACUGUGCCUGUCCGCUACAGCCGGAGGAACAACCCAGACUUGGAGAAACGACGGAUCCACCACUGUGAUUACCCAGGCUGCAAGAAGGUCUACACCAAGUCGUCCCAUCUGAAAGCCCAUCUCAGGACUCACACGGGUGAGAAGCCGUACAGGUGUACGUGGGACAGCUGCGACUGGCGUUUCGCUCGUUCGGAUGAGCUGACGCGUCAUUAUCGGAAGCACACCGGCGCCAAGCCCUUCCAGUGCGCCGUCUGCUCACGCGCCUUUUCCCGAUCUGACCAUCUCGCCCUGCACAUGAAGAGACACCAGAACUAGCAGCAUUUGCAUACAUCCACACACACAUACACACACACACACACACACACUACAAAAUACACAUUCACUAUCUUGACAGACAUAAAGCACUCACUCCAUCUCCCCCAACUACAAUCUGCCUGAUGCAGAGCAGCUUUCACUGACACCACAGCUCCUCCUGGUGCUGCUAUCAUGUGCUAAAACAGUACGAUAGCCUAACAAACAUGUUGCUCCUAACCCAGAGUGGGACAGUUUGGAGGUUGUAAAGUAGAACGAUGACAGCCAGAUGAAGUUCCUGGUCUUUUAACCUCCAGAUAUACUUGGUAAAGAUUUCUUUGGACAAAUAAUAACAAAGAAGAAAAUUAGUAACAAAAAAAAAUGGUAGCUCCAAAAUAUGUCUCCAGUCCAUUUGGACUCUUUUGUGUGACUGGGAUGAAAGCACUUACCACUCAAAACUUGUACAUCUUUUUUCUCUGUUCUAACAUAGAACUGGCUUCAUUUGUUUUUUUAUAAAGGAGAAGCUUUUGUUUGCAAAACUAGUCAAACCAAAUCUUUGUUUACUCCGUGGUUUGUUAGUUUGUUUAUAUAACUGGAAUAUCCAGAUUUUAUUUUUUACCAAAUCAUUUGGUUUGCACUAGAACUGGUAAUCCAAGUCUGAGCCUAUUUGGCACAUGCAUCUCAUUCACCACUGGAACGAUUAUUAUCACUACUGGACUGAAUCUCACAAAUCAUUGCUGUUCAGAUAUUAAAAAUUGAAGGCAUUUAUACUCUGGAGAGAGGGAAGAUAGUGCAGGGAGGGAAAAAAAAGAAACGAGGGAGGGGUGCAGAUGGAGAGAUAGAAAGAUUUUAGAUUUUAGAGAGUGGAGAACUGAGGAUGACUGAGGAACAGAGGGAGGUGGAUGGUUGCUAAAGAGCAGCAAUUAGGUGAUGAAUUAUUCAGAUUGUCUUUCGAUGGAUUCCCAGCCGGAGAAAUGUAAGCAGAACCCAUAGACAUGUCUUAGAAUUCAUUCAGUUUAACAGAAUUGACUGUAUUUGAUGCACAAGCUUGAAUUAAGCAUCUUCAAAACACGACUACUGUACAUCUAUUCUUUCGACUGUUUUAACCAAAGUAUCAUCUUCAUCAUCAAAACCUUAUUAAGUGCCUCCUCCUCUGGUUUAUGUGUUUUUCUUCAGUGGUAGCCGAGCUGUGAUUAAUGUAGACAGUCCUUUAAAUACGCAUGGUGCUGUUUUUAUUUCUUAAUCUAUUCAAUCUCUAGACCCGGCUUUGGGUAAAAAGGAAAUGUGUUUUUCAAAUUACAAGGUUAGCCAUCAUUCAUUGUAAUUUAACAGCUCAGCUCAGGCCACUUCACCAACAUCCCGACAUUAUGUGGAUUUUUUUUUUUUUUUUUUUUUUUUUUUUUUUAUUAAAGUGACAGUCAGUCCUUUCUCUGAGGGUUUUUUUCUCUCUGACUCUGUACACAACUAACUUGCAAUGCAGCUCUAUCAGUCAAUCGAACGUGGACAUGUGUUUUGUUAAAGGACAGGUUCAUACUUUUCUUUAAGACGUUGUUAAAACAACACUCACAUGCCCGUACGCACAUUGCAAGUCACUGGUCGCUGCAGGUGUUUGUCUUGUCCACACUGGCCACAAAGAGAUCCUUGCCCGAAACAUGGAAGUAAUGGGAGAUGAAAUCAACAGUCUUUAUGCUGUGUAAAAAUGCGUUGUGAAGAUCAGCCGGAGAUAAUAAGAGGCUUUAGACAAAUCAGACGGGUGUCUUUCAGGCUUCUUAUCAGUGUGAAAUCCCCUCUUUGUGCUGUGGAAUAACACACAGAUGGGAUUUCUUUCUGAAAAAACAGCAACUUUGGAAAAUACCCAAUUGGUUUAGCAUUGAAAUCAGCCUUUUAAUUGACAUGAGAACACUUCUUGAGACAGACUUGAUUGAAAAAAAAUGUGAACCUCUCCUUUAAUAUAUACUUCAGUGUCCAUUUUGGUGGUGUGGUGUAGCCUGAACUUACAACUGUAUUUGUUCAUUCACUGCAGGUAGCGUUAAGAUAAUAUAGCACUGUAAUGUAUCUUGGUAAAUCUAUUUAUUUGAUUGUGUAGAAGUGGGGGUUGUAUCAGAUCAACCGUCUUUCUCCCCAGCAAAAAUGCCUUAAUGUAAAUAUAUGCACUGUAAAUAACUUGAUUUGUUUUUGUUUAUUUUUCUCCUCU